AGAGAAACUGAGAGCAGCAUUCAUCCCAUCGCCGAGAAACUGAGAGCAGCAUUCAUCCCAUCGCCGAUGAACAAGACCCAAUGGAGCUUAUACCUCAUCUCUGGCUAGCUAUCCUGUUGUCAUGGCAAUACGCCAUUGCCCAGGACUGCAGGGACUACAUCUAUUUCAUGCCUGGGACCCAACUGCUGUACAACGUCAUCGAAACAAAACAGACGACAAAAGACGAGUGCCGAGAAAGCUGCAGUGAAACCCCGCAAUGCGUGUCAAUCAACUAUAAGCAGAAAGAAUCGCGAUGUGAGCUGAACAGCGCUUCCCACAUGACACAUCCGGGAAUGUUAAGACCGGAAGUCGGCGCAUUCUACGCUUUGGUGAAACCGCCGACAAGCUGCAGUGACAAUUACUGUUCAACGGGCAAGAGAUGUGUUAUGACGGGGAAAGGAGUGGCGUACAGAUGUGAAGUUUGCAAGAACGCACUUGGUAUGGAAUCAGGUGAGAUAAGCGACUCUGCUAUCACUGCGUCGAGCUACUAUCUUCAGGGCGUCAACACAUACUCCAUGCCGUGCUAUGCUCGUCUCAACAACGUUGACCAGCCUGGUAUUUCUAACGGGGCGUGGCUAGCGCAUAACUUUCAAGCUGGAGAAUACAUUGAAAUCGACCUCGGGAGAAAUGUGGCCGUAACUGGGGUAGCAACCCAGGGGAAACCUAUCGGUUCCGACUGGGUAACCAGUUAUAAGAUCAGCUACAAAACCGACCUCACAGCCUGGUUUGUGGUCAAGGAGGACGGACAGGAUAAGGUGUUUCCAGGCAACUCCGACAACAAUACGCCCGUCUAUAAUUGGUUCUCAUCGCCGUUUCUUGCUCGCAGAAUCCGCAUUGUUGUCCAAGGUUUCCUUAACAUCCCAGCUCUGAGAGUAGAGCUCUUCGGGUGCAAGUAGCUGUUAUAUGUUUAAUUGUAGCACCCCAGUGAGUUCAUUAUAUGAAAUUAAGCUAAACACAGCUGAGUAAACCUAGCCUUCGAGUGGCCGCUUACUCGCGAAGCAAAUCCUAUAGUAGCGUCUAACGCAACGCCGGCGAUAAUCUUGUUCGGUGACGUCAUGGCUUUUGAAAGAAAAUUAUAAUAAUUUAUGAUUGGCAACUCAUUUGGCAAAGUUCGUUUGGAGGUUUUGAUUGGCUUAGACAACAAAUGUGUGUUCUUCUCGAGCUGUUUGGAUCAUUUUUUCGGCGAAAACACGAUACGCCUCUUCAACCUAUCAUCAUCUAUGCAUAAAUGCGGUAAAAAAAAGAUUUGUGUGACGUACUUCUCCAAAGAGGGGCCAGCCGCCUUCUCUACCAAGCUCAAAAGGGAAUCCGGCCACUCACGUGUAAGAGGGGUUUCUCAAGUUUCGAAAUGAGAGGCUUUAUAAAAGAUAAAAAUGGUAGCACAAU